UGGCCUUUAUGAAUCGUCCAUAUUCUUUUAUUUUCAUUUUUUUUUUGAGUGGCGGGAAAGGGCGUUCAUCUUGUCACCUUCACAUCAUAACAGGGUUACUGUACAAUGAGUAUUACUAACAGAACAAGGCCGACUUAAACUACUGAGACAAGUACAAGCAAAACAACUACUAGUACCAAAAGUACUAGUAGUUUAAGUGUGCCUAGCUGGUAAUACUCCUUAGUGUUGAUAUCUGCCGGUAGCGGUGCUGCUCGCUGUUUUAACCGUUUGAACCGCCGUAGCCAAGAGGUUAAAGUGGGAAGAGCGGAAAGGGGGAGGAAAGAGGGAGGAAGGAGGAAAAGGGAAGGCCCUGCCCUCCUUCAGAAGGAGUCAAACUACUUGGAGGACACUUUUACAAACUUUUCUUUAAUGUUCCAGUAAUUAUUCCGUAGCUUCUCGCCGAGGUCAGCCGACACAGCGAAGCCAGCGGGCGGCCAGGACCCGCGGGGUGACGGACGGCGACAUGUCGGGGGGAUCCGCAACCGACUGGAUGUGACAGGAAGAGAGGAGGAUGGAGGGAGAGAAAGAAGUGGCUGAGGAGAAGGAGGAAGAGGAGGAGGAGAAGAAAGAGCUUCAUCAUCACAUCGCAGCGACGUCCUCUGUGGACUACCCGGACCUUCCCAUCAUGCACUGGGAGGACUUGAGCCAGCGGAUCGCUGAGUUGGAGAAACAGGAGCAGGAGAGGAGGGAAAGGUCAAAGCAGAGGGGGGCCGGGGUGAGGGUGCCGGAGAGUCAGGGGGGAGUGUGGAGAGACGUCUGGGAGGAAGAGGAGGAAGACUUCAGGAGGUGUCGGGUUGCUGUCGUCACAUCACGAUUUCACAACCACAGAAACCUGCAGCUGUGCUUCAUCAACAACAGCGACAGCGAAGACGAGGAGGAAGGAACCAACAGAAAGGUCUCCACGGGAACAGGGGGCAACGGUUGCCAUGCCGCGGGGCUGAAACAGGAAGUGGCCACCGCUCUGAGGACGCUGAGAGACAAACUGCUGGCCGAACAGAAGGAGAAGGAGCAUCUGGUCGGCAGCAGCGAUGUUGCCAAGCGGAAACAUCUGGAGCUUUGGGAGCUGCACGAGUGUUCAGUGCAGCAGCUCAGCAGCUUGAGAGCAUCUCUUCAACAGGACGUGCACGCUCUGAGCUCCGAGCUGGUGGCCCACCUGUUGGUACGAGACCAGCUGAGGACGAAGCAGGACGCCAUGCUGCUCGACGUUCAGGACCUGACCUAGCACCAGGACAGUCCUCACGGACAAGUUUCCUCCGCAUAAAUGUAAACAUUUGACCACUGUGGGACCAGGUUGGGCUGCUCGUCCCAGUCAGCCCAGGAGUCUCUCACUUCACCAAAAUGUUAGCUGACCUGCUAAUUUAUAGAAAACUGACAAGCAUUCGAGGCAACAAAGAGGGAGACACGACUGGAAGUCAAAUCACUAUCGCAUCGCUCUGAAUUUCAGAUUAAUGGCGAAACCUGAAGCUAACAGCAGUUAUGACGCAGACAGGAUGAGACUUAAACGCACGUCCAAAGGAAAGUUCAGAUACAAGUUGGUACAUGACAGCAGGUUGAUGUGAAAUGACAAGAAGUAGUAAAGUUUUAAAUCAA